AUUAAAGCGAACUAUGGUUUACACAUAUGUGUCAAACUGGAAAUCAUUGUUAUUCCAGUGCAUUAUCUAUCAGUUAUUGGGAAUUAUUAUAUUAAUUCACUACAACUGGGAUAUGAUUAAACCCAAUGGAUGUCUGGAAGUGGACUUCACAUCAGGAAAUACAUGUAAUAAGACAUUAGACGAGCUUUUGGAUGAAACAUAUAUUCAACAGAAUAUCAAAUAUAAUCUAUUGGUCGCCGUGUCUAUAGUCAGCGUUAUAGUAGUGGUAAUGUCGGCCACAUUUUGCUCCGAUCUUCUCGUGUUUAAUAGAGAACAUCAAAAUGAUAUUCAGAAUUAG